AUGUCGAACAUUCCAAGAAGCCCGUACUUACAGGAGGCUAUCGCCGUUAUUGGAAUGGCUUGUCGCCUUCCCGGUGAUUGCAACUCACCAAAUGAAUUGUGGGACUUUCUCGAUCAAGGCAGAAUAGCAAAGAAUGAAGCACCCGAGACAAGAUUCAACUUGAACAAUCAUCAUGACGGAUCAAAAAAACCAAAAACCAUGAGAUCGCCGGGAGGCAUGUUCCUUGAGAAUGUUGAUCCACAAGACUUCGAUGCUCAAUUCUUCGGGAUCCGACGUGACGAUGCCAUCGCCAUGGACCCUAAUCAGCGACAACUCUUGGAAGUCGUGUAUGAAUGCCUGGAGAAUGCAGGUAUCAGUCUUAAAUCCUUGGAUGGAAAAGCGGUCGGUUGCUUCGUAGCGUCUUACGCCGUCGACUACUCGGAUAUACAUGCAAGGGAUCCCGAGGACAGAGUCCCUUCCGUCAUAGUUGGUACCGGUCGUGCAAUUUUGAGCAACAGAAUCAGUCAUUUUCUGAAUAUCAGAGGACCUAGUCUGACAGUUGACACGGCAUGUUCUGGUAGCCUGGUAUCUCUAGACAUAGCUUGCCGCUAUCUAACCACUGGUGAGAUCAACGGAGCUAUUGUGGCGGCCAGCAAUUUGUAUUUGAGUCCUGAGCAUAACAUGGAUGAAGGGACUAUGAUUGCUGUUGGUUCUCCGUCAGGGCGUUGCCAUUCAUUCGACGCGAAAGCCGAUGGCUACAUUAAGUCGGAGGCUAUUCAGGCUGUAAUGCUGAAGCGACUAAGUGAUGCAAUUCGGGAUGGAGAUCCUAUCAGAGCCAUUAUUCGUGGUUCAGCAACAAAUAGUGAUGGCAGAACCCCAGGAAUCGCAAGUCCCAGCGCCGAGGCUCAAGCAGCAGCUAUUCGAGCAGCAUAUUCAAAUGCAGGUAUAUCUGAUAUUGGUGCCACGGCCUAUGUCGAAUGUCAUGGUACUGGCACACCUGCAGGUGAUCCUAUCGAAGUUUCGGCUCUCGCAUCUGUAUUCGCGCAUUCGAAGACAUCGGAGAAUCCCUUGGUAAUUGGAUCAAUCAAGAGCAAUAUAGGCCAUUCAGAACCAGCAGCCGGGCUAUCAGGUUUGCUGAAGGGUAUACUCUGUCUCGAAAAGGGGCUUAUUCCUCGCAAUCCGACCUUUUUGACCCCAAAUCCAAAGAUUGACUUCGCGACUUCGAGGAUGGUUGUGCCAACAAAAACAAUGAAAUGGCCUCGACGAGUAUUGAAACGCGUCUCGAUUAACGCUUUUGGGUAUGGUGGCAGCAAUGCUCACGUAAUAAUUGACCACUUCGAAACGUCCUCUGAGAAGCCCUCGAGAAUUCAUGUCUCGUCCUUCACAGCAGACUUUGACGACCUCUUCAAUGACCAAGACGGUACUCGGCCUUUCACAUUGGUCUUCUCUGCUAACGAUGAGGCCUCACUCCGGUCGUAUUGCAAGGCCAUAUGCAAACACUUGAUCAACCCUAAUGUCGCAAUUAAAUUGCCAGACUUAUCCUAUACACUCUCAGAACGAAGGAGCCGGCUCUUUCACAGAGCCUACGUGGUCGCUGAUGAGACCACUCUUGAUGAAGGAGCGUUCGUGUUUGGUAAGAAGAACGCGUCCGCUCCUAGGAUUGGCUUUGUGUUCUCGGGACAGGGUGCACAGUGGCCUCAAAUGGGAAAGGCUCUUAUCGAGACGUUCCCCGUUGUAAAAGCUGUAAUUUUGCAUCUCGAUGAGGUGCUGCAAGGACUCAUGAACCCUCCUUCAUGGUCUCUUCUCCACGAGCUUGUUGAGCCACGAUCUGCAGAGCAUAUGAGGAAGCCUGAGUUCUCUCAGCCACUGGCCACAGCUCUUCAGUUGGCUCUUGUUGCCUUGCUGAAGGGCUGGGGUGUGUGCCCCAUGGCUGUCGUUGGCCACUCUUCGGGUGAAAUCGCGGGAGCUUAUGCUAGUGGUUUCUUGGAAGUUGAGGACGCUAUCAAAAUUGCAUACCUCCGAGGUCAAGCCUGCGUCACCGAUCAAGAGAAGCCCUCUCUUGGUAUGCUUGCCGUCGGUCUAGGGCAAGUUCAAGUUCAGGAGUAUAUCCGCGAGUUUGCAGACUUUGUGCAAAUUGGUUGCUUGAACAGCCCCAAUAGUGUCACUCUGUCUGGAGCUCGCUUGGCGCUAGAGGACGUGAGAGACUUGCUGGUAGCAGAUGGCCACUUUGUAAGAAUGCUUCAGGUUGACUUUGCAUACCAUUCGGCCUUCAUGGCCGAUGCCGCUGUCACUUAUGAGGCAAUGCUUCUUCAACACUGCGGAAAGGCACAUCCGACAAUGAACGAUGUUGUCUUCUUCUCCUCGAUCACAGGCAAGCAGCUUGAUCGACCAUGCGAUGCUGAGUACUGGAAGACUAAUAUGACUUCUCCGGUCCGUUUCGACGAUGCCGUUCGCGAGAUGCUGUUGGGACAUGAAAGUGCAGACUUUUUGAUUGAGAUCGGCCCAAGUGGUGCCCUAGCCGGCCCAAUCAAGCAGAUUCUUAAAAGCCUAACCAAUUCUGGGUCUGAUAUUACAUACCUUUCAUCGUUAAGUCGCGGGAAAGAUGCCACCAAACCUCUAUUCGAUCUGGCUGGAAAACUAUUUAUCAUGGGAGGCAACGUUUUUCUCUCAGAGGUCAAUAAGGACCAGACAAGUGAGGCUGGCCCGUCGAUCAUUGUUGACCUGCCCAACUACGCCUGGAACCACGCAACAAAGUAUUGGUAUGAAAAUGAUGCAAGCAAGGACUGGCGCUUCCGAAAAUUUCCACAUCACGAUCUGCUUGGCUCCAAGAUUCUAGGAACCUCGUGGAAUGCACCCUCGUGGAAGAAGACCUUACGUGUGGAGGACUUGCAUUGGCUGAAAGAUCAUCGUAUGGGUCAAGAUAUCGUGUUCCCCGCAGCAGCAUUUAUUGCCAUGGGAGUCGAAGCUCUUUUCCAGACUACUCAAGCUCUCAAUUUUGUUGCGCGAACCGAGCUCGAAGAGAAGUAUCACUACAGGCUUCGUAACAUUACAUUUUCCAAAGCGCUGGUUCUUUCAGAAAACAGUAGCGGGCAGAAAAUAAUGACCACUCUGUCAGUUAGCCAAGAUUCAUGGCAUGAGUUCAGAGUAUCCUCUUUAGUAGGCGACAUUUGGACUGAACAUAACUGUGGGCUCAUCUGUCUGGAACAGAAUUCAAAGCAAGUUGCGCCAGAAUCUGCCCUCAUGCCCUUCGAACAUGCAGUCCCAGGACAUACAUGGUACAAAGCAAUGCACGAGGUUGGAUACAACUUUUUACCUCUCUUUCAAAAAGUCCUGGAGAUCGAAGUUCUCUCUGGUGAGCGAAAGAGUCGAUCCAGAGUUUCUCUAUCAGAGCCGGUGGAAGAAUACCAGCAGUCUUACUAUCCAAUGCACCCCGUUUGUAUUGACGGCUGUCUCCAAACACUUGUCACAUCUUUAUGGAAGGGAAACAGAACAAGUGUCAACUAUGUCUUGAUUCCUUCCAUUAUUGACAACAUCAUCAUCAGGCCACUUGAAGUUCGUCCUGUGGUAGGCAUUUCUGUGACUUCGGCAGCAUACGCGGGCGUGGGACGGAAAGACGAUACUAAGAACUUUCGUUCGGACGCCUCUGUGUAUGAUGAAGUUAGCGGGGGGUUAUUGUUUGCGGUAUCUGGAGUUCGCUACCACAGACUCGAUGUCUUGGAGCAGCAGAAUGCUGCCCAAACGUAUGGCGAACUCGUCUGGCAACCUGAUGUGGCAUUUCUCACAGAAGAAAGCUUCUCAAAAGUUCUCAAUGAAGAAGCAGCUUGUGCCGCGCAAGAGGAAGCCCUCUCGCACCAUGUUGAGCGCUUAUUGGACAUGAUUGUGCACAAAUCUCCUAACUUAAAGGUCAUCGAGUUCAGUUUGUAUCCUAACGAUGUGGCAAGCACCUGGUUCGAUGGGCCAUCUACACGAGAAUUUAGCCGAUUUGAGUUCGCUACAUUCGACGCGACAAGUUUGAUGACGUUGCAAGAGACAUAUGGUGUCAAAGCAAACACAAGUUUUAGUCUACUCGAUCUGACCAAGCCGAUGCUCAACGGCGGGCCAGGCACAGCUUCUCAAGAUCUAUGCAUUGUCAAGAUGCCUCUGAUGUCUCAAUCCGCCUCAGUGCCCUUAUUCCAAAAUAUUUCAGGUCUGCUUCGUGACGGUGGAUAUGUACUGUGUAUGUGCGGUGACGAAUCCUCAACCUCGAGUUCGGACUUUGAGGGUGCGGUGAUUGUCAAAGACAAGAUCCUUCAAUUCGGAUGCGAUGUCGACAUUAGCAACACCCUACAAGCAAACGGCUUCCAGAGCAAAAUCAGCAUGCAAUUCGAUGGUAGAUCUCUUCACUUGGCACAGGUGCAAUCGACCACUGCUGUUAAGGUUGCCGCUGAUCGAGAAUUACAUAUAAUUCACCUAACACAUGUAACAGAGACCCAGUCAAUAGUGAGUACAGUACUAAUACAGCUCGGAUGGCAAAUAAGAGAAUACUCCGUCAACUUGCUCCCAAAGAUAGAGCUAGAUCCCAAGAGCAACGUUCUUGUCUUAGACGAAUUGUCAGCUUCUGUGCUCACCAAUGUUUCUGGUGAACAGUGGGAGGCAAUCAAAGGCCUUGUAUCCAAAGAGGGUCGCAUCCUCUGGGUCACGGCCGGGUCACAGUUUGAGGUCGCCAAACCUGACAGAGCCCUGGUUUACGGCUUGGCAAGAGUAAUCCGAGCCGAAGAGCCCAUGGUCAGUUUCGUGACUCUGGACGUUGAAUCUUCCUCAAGUUCUGAGACAACCUCUGCCAUCCAUAAUGUCCUCAAGUACAUGCAGGAACCAGGAUCUGGUCUACCGAUGGACAUGGAAUUUGUUGAGAGGCGUGGAAUAAUGCACGUCAGCAGAGUUCGACCUUAUGAGAAAGCAAAUCAAGCCGAGAUGGAUGAUAAAUAUGGAGCGGAUUUUCAGACUAAAAACUUCCAUGAAUCUGACACCUGCAUCAGGCUCAUAUGCGAGAGUAUUGGGAGACUUGAUUCACUUUGCUAUGUGGAAGUAUCAUGCGAAGAGCUUCCACUCGGAGACAACUUCCUUGAGGUAGAGAUAUAUGCAGCCGGUUUGAAUUUCAAGGAUGUUGCGGUGCCAAUGGGCAUUGUGCCUGGCAACGAUCACCUCCUUGGACUCGAAGGAGCAGGAAUUAUUAGGCGGAUCGGACGGCUGAUAGAUCAUCUGCAUGUCAAUCAGCGCGUCCUGGUGUACAUGAACAAUGGAGGUGCUUUCGCAAACAGAGUUCAAGUUGCAGCACAACUCGUCCACCCUUUACCCAAUUCGAUGUCCUUUGAGCAAGCAGCUACCAUGCCGAGUGUGUAUCUCGUAUCGAUUUAUAGUUUGCUGCACCUUGCAAGCAUGCAAAAGAAUCAUCGUGUCCUUAUACAUUCUGCCUCUGGAGGAGUAGGUAUAGCUGCCAUUCAGCUAUGUCAAUAUCGAGGUGCUCAGGUGUUUGCUACUGUUGGCACGCCAGAAAAACGGCAAUUCCUCAUCGACACAUUUGGCAUUCCGCCUGAGCAUAUCUUCUCGUCGCGAUCAACUGUAUUCGCAACUGAGCUCAUGGCUGCCACCCAAGGCCAAGGAGUUAAUAUUAUUCUGAAUUCACUCACCGGUGAACUGCUUGAUGAAUCAUGGCGUUGUGUUGCUGAUGGUGGCCAUAUGAUUGAGAUCGGGAAAAAAGAUAUUCUUGCUCGAAAUAGUCUUUCAUUGGAGCCGUUCAACCGCAAUGCGUCUUUCCAUGGCGUCGAUAUGUCACAUGAACAGAACUCCGACGAGCUCAUUGCUAAGUUGUUGUCCGAAUUGAUGCAAUUGGUUAAGGAUGGGCACGUGAAGCCCAUCGCGCCUAUGAGUAUCUUCCCCUUCGAGGACAUUGUCUCUGCUAUCCGUUUUCUUCGUGCUGGUACACACCUUGGAAAAGUGGUGAUAUCGAAUGGUGCAGGCAAUAGUUUCGAAGUACCGGUCCGCCCCGCAGCUCGAUCGCUCUGUCUUGACCCUUCAGCAUCAUAUCUUAUAGUCGGGGGUCUCAAAGGCCUCUGCGGCAGCCUCGCAGUGUAUCUCGCGAGCCUCGGUGCCAAACAUCUUUCCAUCAUUUGUCGUAGUGGCUACUCUGACCCUCAAUCCCAAGCUGUUCUAGCGAACAUCGCGUCUAACCGUUGUGAUAUCGAGCUUUUCAUUGGCGAUGUUGCUGUUUUGGAAGAUGUACAACGAGUAUUUGACGACUCCACGGUCCCUAUCAAAGGAGUGAUCCAUGGAGCUAUGGUUCUUAGGGACAGAGUGUAUUCUGCAAUGACCAGUGCGGAUUUCCACACCUCUCUACCAUGCAAAGUCCUCGGAACACAGAACCUACACACAGCGUCCCUCACACAGUCCCAACCUCUCGAGUUUUUCACUCUAUUGUCGUCCAUCUCUGGGGUUAUUGGGCAAAAGGGUCAAGCAAACUAUGCUGCUGCAAAUGUGUUCCUCGAUUCCUUCGCGUCUCAUCGUCACUCGCUUGGCCUCCCUGCCUGUUCAAUCGAUCUCGGCGUUAUAGAAGACGUAGGAUAUGUUGCUGCCAACACUUCUUUGCAACAGAAACUUGACGGUGAUGUCUGGAUCUCCAUCACGGAGCGGCGGUUGCAACUCAUUGUUCGAGAAUCGAUUCUGCAACAGGAAACUACCUCAAAGUCCACCCCCAAGAAUCAGGUAUCACAAUUGAUAACUGGAAUCGCGAUGCCUCAAUCUGCAUCGUCGGCUCUGCUCAAAGAUCCACGUUUCUUACCUCUUUGCUUCGGAAAUUCUAGCAAUUCUGCCAGUACAUCCGCUUCCUCGUCACCAGAAGGCAAAGCUCUCCGAGCUUUUCAUCUUCUGCUGUCAUCUUCGCAAACAGCAUUGACUCCAGACUCGAGCUUGUCUGAUCCCGCGUUGUCCACAAUGCUCGUCUCAAUCAUCUGCCAACAGUUCACCACCUUCCUGCGCCUCGACUCGCCGAUUGAGCCCGCGAAGUCACUUUCUAGCUACGGUCUCGAUUCCUUGGCUGUGGUUGAAUUCAGGAACUGGACUAGGAGAGAAAUUGGAGCGGAGCUCACAACUCUGGAGAUUCUGAACGCCACGUCUAUAUUCUCGCUGUGCGAAAAGAUAUUGGCUGUCCUGUUGAUUACGAAAGAGAGGAAGGAUCUGGAAUGA